AUGACUGGAGCUGCAGUUCAUUAUAAUCACUUCAAAGUGCUUUUAUAUCUGAUAGUCUUGUGUGUGGGACCCUGCGGCUCUGGAGUGCGGCCCCGCUAUCCUGCCUGUCGCCUGGAGAUCAUUAACACGCGGAAGGAAUAUGAAUAUAUACAGGAAGGAGACAUUAUGAUCGGAGGGAUACUAACCAUGAAUUCCUAUGCAAUCAAUUUUCACUACCCGGGGGAUAUUUUUGACAGAAUUGCUUGUGUCCAUCCUCUUCUAGAACUCUAUAGAGAAUUCCAAACCUUCCUGUUUGCUAUUGAUGAGAUUAACAGGAACCCGGAUCUGUUACCCAACAUCACCCUGGGAUACCAUAUCAGCUAUGGCGCCACAGACCCUACACUGAGUGACAGGCGGCUUUUCCCAUAUUUCUUUAGUACAGGGUUGAGUGAUGAUAUUCAGCACAUUGCUGUGGCAGAGCUGGUGGAACAGUUGGGUUGGACCUGGGUGAUCAUUGUGGCCACUGCUGAUGAAAGUGGAGCGAAGCAAAAUACAGAAAAUUGCCUUAAAUGUCAGGAGAAUGAGUGGCCAAAUCAGGAGAAGACCCUGUGUAUUGAGAAGCAAACUGAGUUUCUUUCCUAUGCUGGUGAUCCCUUAACCCUGGUCAUAAUUAUCUCAUCUGUAAUCCUUUUUAUAAUAGCAGCAGUUAUACUGGGAAUCUUUAUUUCAUUCCGAGACACCCCAGUAGUGAGAGCCAAUAAUCACACUCUGAGCUUUAUUCUCCUUGUCUCCAUCAAGCUGAGCUUCCUCUCUGUGUUUCUGUUCCUCGGUCGCCCUGUGGAUAUAACCUGCAUGCUCCGGCAAACCUCCUUUGGGAUCACCUUCUCCAUAGCUGUGUCUUGUGUCCUGGCCAAGACUCUCAUGGUUUCCAUUGCAUUCAAAGCCACCAAGCCUGGGAGUCCCUGGAGAAAAUGGGUUGGAGUCAAACUAGCAAAUGGGCUUGUUUUUAUUUGCUCAUUAAUUCAGUUUCUGAUUAGUGUUAUCUGGUUGGUUGUUGCACCCCCUUAUGUAGAGAAAAACUUUCAUUCUGAACCUGGAAAAAUCAUCAUUCAGUGCAAUGAGGGCUCAGCCAUUGGCUUCUAUAUUGUCCUCUCCUACAUGGGGCUGUUGGCAUCUGUGAGCUUCAUUGUAGCUUUCUUGGCUCGGAGCUUACCGGACAGUUUUAAUGAGGCCAAGUACAUCACUUUCAGCAUGCUGCUCUUCUGCAGUGUUUGGAUCACAAUGAUCCCGGCCUAUCUGAGCACCAAAGGCAAAUACAUGGUGGCAGUGGAAAUAUUUGCCAUCAUCUCUUCAUCCUGUGGCCUUCUCUUCUGUAUAUUCCUACCCAAAUGUUACAUUAUUAUAUUCAAACCAGAGAUGAACACAAAACAAUGUUUGUUGGGAAAAUGUAAUAAAUAG